UGACGUUUCUCCUUUCUUCAAUAAACAAUUAAAUUUUCCUUGUAAAUCACACAUUUUUAUAUCGUGGGGAGGCUUCAAGUGCUUUUAGUACAAAAAAAAACGUGACUUUCAGGUGUGGAAAGUACAAACCUCGUCUAUUCUAAAAGGUUAACGUCGAACAACGCCCUGAAACCUAAAUAAUUACCACUCUUUUUCACUGAAAGUCUGCCUACCAUUCAAAAUAGAAAAUAGUAAAAUAGUAGUUUGUUGUUUCUUUAACAUACAAAUUCAUUGUUAUGCAUAAAUCUCCAUAGAAUUUAUUUUUCUUAGAAAGUAUUAUUCUAUUUGGUUUAAGUGUUAAAGAUACACCUGUGUUACUAGAAUCCUGAUUAGAACAAUCAAUAAAUUAAGACUUCGUCCACAACAACAACCACUACAAUGACAACCCCAGCCAAGCUAUAUGGAAAAGAUCUCAGUGUGUAUGAAGAUGUGGAUGUAGACACCCUCUUAGAUAAGUUAACCCCCGAAGAAAUUAAUAUUUUAGCCAAAGAAGUAGAUCCAGAUGAUUCAUUUUUACCCCCAUCUCAAAGAACCAGCUAUGAUUGUGAUAAAGAGGCGACAGGACCCUUAAAUAGGAAACAACUAAUAGAGCAUAUAAAUAAAGAGGCAAUAGAGACCCCAGAUCGACCAGAACUGAAACCUUAUGUACCUGGAGUUGUGAGAGGGAAAAAAUGGAUUCCACCUCCUCCUGCACAGAAGGAAAUUGAGGCAGAGGAGAAGAUUAGUGUAGAUUUAGGAGAUGAAUAUGAGCAUGCACUGUCCAGUGCAUCACAAGAAGAAAUCAUUGAUUUGGCAGCUAUUUUGGGCUUCCAUUCGAUGAUGAACCAAGAUCAGUACCACGCGUCUUUACUAAACAAAGGGCAGCCAGUAGGUCUCGGUUGGGACGGGAUCACAAAAGCUUCAAAACCUAAAAUAUUCCCUAUGGAUCCCCCUAAUAGUACUGAUGUCGAGGACUCCAUCAGGCGAGUUCAGAACGACGAUCCCAAGUAUAUCGAUCUCAACUGGAAUAACAUUAAGAAUAUUUCCGACGAGAAGUUCAGUAACCUAUUCGAGGGUCUAGAGCAGAACACUCACCUGGAAACGUUGUCCUUAGCCAAUACCGGAUUAACGGACCGAAAUGCCGAAAAACUAGCUCAGGCUUUGGAAAAAAAUAAUCAGCUGAGGGUAGUUAAUGUGGAAAGUAACAAUAUUACACCGUUAGUAGUGGUCAGGUUAAUCAAGUCUCUAUUAAGUCAGAAGAGCGUCGAGGAGUUCCGGGCGACGAAUCAGAGGACGCAAAUAUUGGGUAACAAAAUAGAAAUGGAAAUAACUCAGCUUAUCGAGAAAAAUCCGACGAUAUUGAGGCUGGGAUUGCAUUUAGAAUAUAACGAUGCCAGGCAUCGGAUCGCUACCCAUUUGCAGAGGAACAUUGAUACAAUUCGUGUCGAUCGGACCACAAGGAGACCGUCUAAUUACCUCGUGGGUUACAUUCGCCAUCACAGCUUCAUCAAGGAUUAGAAAAGACCGAAACGCCCCUUGGGUAUUUUUGACAUUUUAUUUUGACGCUCAUAAGCUUCGGUAUCACCGAUUGGGUCACGCAGGCGCAUCUUUUCUUCACUUUAAUACACAUAAGUAUCAUUUUAUCGUUAUAUAAGGUUAGUUUAGAUAUUGUAAAUUCAUUUUUUACCAAAAAAAAAACACUAUUACAUUAAAAUCAGAUUUUUGUGCAAUAUUUCUGUAUAAACCGUACUUUGAAAAUAUGCUCAUCACUGUUGGAUUUUUACCAUAAUAACUGUUUUUUUUGUAUUUAAAAAAAUCAAGAGAUAACUAGUCGAGUAGGUUUAAAGGCUUCGCGUUGGUUUUGAAUAUAUUAUACUAAACUGCCAUUUAAAAUGCAAUGAAUAUGUUUUUAGCCGUAGAGUUUUCUAUUUCGAAGAAAAAGCAUUAUAAAAAUUACCGAAAAAAUAGGUUUUUAACGUAUGUAUAUUUCAGUCAUAGAUUAAUUUAUUAGAUAGAGGAAACAAAUUUUUUUUUGGCGCCUCUCGUAUGAUCAUUUAUUGUAAUUGUAUUCGACAUUGUAUUUUAGUUUGUAGGUAUUUAAGAAAAUAUUUGCGUAUAUUAAUUUAUGAAAAUAAAAUUGAUCAUGCUUG